AUGCGAGACGAUCUCCUCGGGGCUUCCUCGCCCGAUGCCAACCUGCAAGUGUUUAUGAAUCCGCGUACCUCUAGAUCGCUGACUAGUGCUAUUCCGGCCUGGUCGAGUUUCGCCCAGUCGGGACACCUGCAGCAGGCUAGACCCGAUAUCGAGACGCGUGGCUAA